AUGGUUUAUCCAGCAGAACAAAGAGAAAAAUCAGAAAAGUUGGACUCUACAACUUGGAAUCUACCAACUGAAAAGAAGCUUUAUGUACACCACCUCAACGAUCCGUCCAACGCACCGAAAGAGCUGCUAAGUAGAUUGCACCAACUAUUCAACUUUAUUAUAGAAGAAGGGCGCACAUACCCAAUAGAGACACCCAUGUCAGUUGAACAGUUCAAAAGCUAUUUCUUCGCAGCUGAUCUUUUCGUUGGUCUCCUAGUUGAUAAGCCGCUAAGCGAGAUUGGCGAUAAUGAAUGGGACGUUGUCCUCGGGGGCUGUUAUUAUGUCAAGCCAAACUACGUUGGUAGAUCAGGCCAUAUUUGCAAUGCGGGUUUCAUCGUGAACGCAAACAAAAGAGGUCUCAAGCUUGGUUCUACACUUGGUAAGAGCUACUUACAUUAUGGUCCAAAGUUGGGUUACAAAGGAUCUAUUUUCAACUUGGUCUAUCAAUCAAAUAUCGCAAGCUCACGAAUCUGGGAUGGACUCGGAUUCACUAGGAUCGGUAUCGUACCAAAAGCCGGAAGACUUAUUGACGAUAAAGGAACGGAAUAUUACGAUGAUGCUAUCAUUUAUUAUAAAUCUUUCGAAUAAAUGUAGAACAAUGGAUAAAUACUUUUCAAAGGUUUAUUACAUCAUUUUUUCAUUAAAUUAUUGUGCACCUUCAAGCGCAUCUUCAACUUCCUUUCUCCAUUUUCUCUGGAUAUCGAUAGACUCCCUAAAGAUCUUGUACUUGGCGUUCAAUAAAGUGCUGUCCUUCUUAGAACAGUUAGGUUCGAUUCUUUCACCAGGUUUGGUCAUCUCAGUCAUCAAUUGCCAUAACCUUCUCUUAUUACACUCGCCUACUUGCUCAGCUUGUUGCUGCUUGACAAUUUCAGUGUAGUCCUUCUUCUGUGAGAGUUCGUAGGCGUAUCUACCGAGCAUUGCACAACCAGCAACUACAGGUCCUGAUGCCGAUGCAGGCAAAAUUAAUGGCAUUUGACAAACAUCUGCCAUUAACUGCAUCAAUGCUCUGUUUUUUACUUGUCCACCUGACAUGUAAAUGCUGUUGACUUUGUGUCCAGCUUCAUUCAUUUCUUCGAUGAUGUGACGAGUUUGUAAUGCAAUUGCUUCAAGUGUCAAUUGGAACUUUCUUGCAAGGUCUCCUAAUGUACCAUCUAAUCCUAAUCCUGUAAUCAUACCUCUCAUUCUAGAAUCCGCCAAUGGUGAUCUAUUUCCGUGUAAAUCUGGGUAGAAGUGCAUGUGCUUGUUGAUCUGAUUGAUUGAGUCAACUCCCUCUUCUUCUUUAGCUUUUUGGAGUAGUUCUUCGAGAAUUUCGAAAAUAUUGGUUUGUCUUUCGUUUGCGACUCUUUCUAACUCAGGGUAGGCGAUGUGCGUUUUGAGAACGAAGUCGAUUAAUUGACCAGUCGAUGAUUGGCCACCUUCAUUCAUCCACCAACCUGGGAAAACUGCAUUUUUGUAUGGUCCCCAAACGCCCUUGACAAAAACACCUUCAGGUGAUUGGACGAUGUGACAGGUAGAUGUACCUGCACAAGCAGCUAAUCUUGUGGCACAUUCUUCGAAAGCGACAGCUUCUUUUGGUAACUCUUCGCCUUUCUUUGCUGAUCUGGCAGCAACAGUACCAAUCCAACCAGCAUAAGCAUCGAUAACUGAGCUGCCAACUGCUGUACCUUCAGCUAAGCCCAAUUCUUCGGCGGCUUCCUUUGUCAAACCGUUACCGAUAGGCAAACCACCUGUGAGAACCAAACCGUUCUUGUCUGGUGAUCCUCCCAAUGGUACGAAGUCUUGUUGUACGAGAUCACCUAAACCGACUUGUUCCAAGAAUUUUGGAUCCCAUCCUGAUGGGUAGGCACCCUUGAUAGAAGGAGUGACGUAAGUGAACUUGGAGCCGAGUGAGUUAUUAGAUCUGGCUGUUGAGCGAGUAGCUCUGUAUGAAAGCCAAUCUGGAAGAUCAAAGAACAUGCAUUUCUUGAAGUCUUCUGGUUUCAUAUUGUUCUUUAACCAAAGUGUUUUUGGAAUUUCCAUUUCUAAACUGACAGUACCACCGACAAAUUGCAGAGGCAUUGCGCCUGUUGAGUUGAUGAAGGUGGCCUCCUUUUCUGCUCUGUGGUCUGCCCACAGAAUGAUGUUCCUCUCACCUUCCUUGCCGAGUGAAUCACCCUUAGUAACAGCGAUCGGGUUUCCCUCAUAGUCGGUAACGGCUAAAGAGCAGGUUGCAUCAAACGCAAUACCUUUUACAGCUUCUUUUGGAAUUUGGGCUUGGCGGACGACGUCUUUAACAGAUUGGCUAAUACAUUGCCAAAUGUUGGCAGAUGAUUGCUCGAAGAUGUUCGCGUCGUUGGCGUCUCUCCAAGUUUUUGUGUUGUAUGUUGAUUCAGCCAAGAUGUCACCCGUAAUGUUUACUAAUGCAGAUCUGGCUGAGCCAGUACCAACGUCAAUACCAAUAAAGUAUUCUGCUGUCAUUUCUUUCGUUAGUUCGUGAUGGUU